AUGGACUGCGUUGCGGCAAUGACGGUGUCGUUUUUCCCGACUUGGAGGUCGAAAAGAAGAGGGCUGACAAGUAAAAAGGCAGCUCCUUUCUUUGGCUACGGCUUGUACAAGAAGCAUUCUCUGCAAGUGGAAGCAAGUGCCGGAAGUGGAGGGGGUGUGGGUGUGGCUGUCAAACAAGGCUUUGCGGAUGAAGAAGAUUAUAUAAAGGCUGGCGGGUCUGAGUUACUUUUCGUUCAAAUGCAGCAGAACAAGGCCAUGGAAGAGCAGUCCAAGCUCUCGGACAAGCUACCGCCAAUAUCUGUAGGAGAUAAUAUACUGGAUUUGGUGGUGAUUGGUUGUGGUCCAGCAGGUCUUGCUCUGGCUGCAGAGUCAGCCAAGUUAGGAUUGAAAGUUGGGCUUAUUGGCCCUGACCUCCCUUUUACAAAUAACUAUGGUGUUUGGGAGGAUGAAUUCAAAGAUCUUGGAUUUGAAGGGUGUAUUGAGCAUGUUUGGCAGGACACCAUUGUAUAUCUUGAUGAUGAUUCUGACCCCAUUCUGAUUGGUCGUGCUUAUGGACGCGUUUGUCGAACCAAACUACAUGAGGAGCUUUUAAGAAUGUGUGUGGAGUCAGGUGUUUCAUACCUCAAUUCAAGGGUGAAAAGUAUUGUUGAAGCUAGCAAUGGCCAUAGUCUUGUAGCCUGUGACCGCGAUAUCAUAGUUCCCUGCAGGCUUGCUACUGUUGCAUCAGGAGCUGCCUCAGGGAAGCUUUUGCAAUAUGAGGUCGGUGGUCCAAAGGUGUCUGUUCAAACAGCUUAUGGUGUGGAGGUUGAGGUGGAAAACAAUCCAUACGAUCCCAACCUAAUGGUUUUCAUGGACUACAGAGACUACACAAAGCAAAAAGUUUCAUCUUUAGAAGCAGAAUAUCCAACAUUUCUUUAUGCCAUGCCAAUGUCUCCAACAAGAUUGUUCUUUGAGGAAACUUGCUUGGCUUCUAAAGAGGCCAUGCCUUUUGAUUUACUGAAGAAAAAGCUCUUGUCAAGGUUAAAGACAAUGGGAAUCCGUAUUAUAAAAACUUACGAAGAGGAAUGGUCUUGGAUUCCAGUUGGUGGGUCCUUACCAAAUACUGAGCAAAAGAACCUAGCAUUUGGUGCUGCCGCUUGUAUGGUACAUCCAGCCACAGGGUAUUCAGUUGUGAGGUCUUUGUCAGAGGCUCCAAAAUAUGCUUCCGUGAUUGCAACUAUUUUGAAGCCGGGUCAUUAUAAGGCCAUUCCCGGCCGUCAAAUAAAUAAUGAGAACAUCUCGAUGCAAGCAUGGAACACCCUCUGGCCGCAAGAAAGGAAGCGCCAAAGAGCAUUCUUUCUUUUUGGACUAGCACUUAUUCUGCAACUGGACAUUGAGGACAUCAGGACAUUCUUUCAUACUUUCUUCCGCUUGCCCACCUGGAUGUGGCAGGGUUUCCUUGGCUCCACUUUGUCCUCAGCUGAUCUCAUGCUUUUUGCCGUGUACAUGUUUGUUAUAGCACCAAAUAAUUUGAGAAAGGGCCUCAUCAGACAUCUACUUUCUGAUCCUACUGGAGCCACUAUGAUAAGAACCUAUCUCACCCUAUAG